GUUUUGGAGGUUGUGUUGACCUGAUAGUAGAUGGUGUGUCAUUUCUAAAUAAGAUUGGCAUCUCUCACACUGAAAAUCCCCUCCAUCAUGACUAUUUAGAAAAUACGGAGCAGCUGGCUCAGAGCUUUGCAUACUUCUUUGCACCUGGAGCUGCAGCAGAACGAUUUAUGUUGAAUGAAACCCUCUUCAGUGAGCUGGUGGAGGAGGCUCGUGACUUACCUGGAAACAGGUGGUCUGUAGGUGGCAAUGCUCCAGUAAUGGCAGGUCGCAUGGCAACCGAGGGAUGUGACGUGUUGUUGGGGGGAAGCUUCAGCACAGAUUUUACAGAGGUUCUGUCUCAGCACAUCACAGUGGCUGGUAAAGAGAUAGAGGAGCCAGAUAUUCAUCUGAUCCUGGAAUAUUCAUCUGGUGCUAGCUGGGGGCGCUACACUUCUCGUAGAGCCAAUAGAUACAUCAUUCACAGUGAUGACCACAACCCCUAUUUGGACUCCAUAGAAGACUUUUCAAAGAAACUCAAAGACUUUAGACCAGAUCUGUUAGUGGUGGGUGGGCUACAAAUGAUGGACAACUUCCCUUUCCUGUCAGGUGAGCGAGAGGCCGUCCUCUCUCGGCUGGAAAACCUGCUGUCCUCCUCGUCUUCUCAGAUCGGCAUACAUUUUGAGAUGGCCAGUUUUGUGGAUGAAAGUAUUGUGGAAGACCUUCUGCACUACGUCAUCCCCCAUGCGGACUCUUUGGGGAUGAAUGAACAAGAACUUCCUAACCUCCUCAGCCUACUCAAAGGCUCCAACAUCACCGUGCUGUCAGAUCCAAACCCUCGCGUAGCCACGGUCCUCGACCAGAUGAGGGAAGUUUACCGUAUUCUGAACCAGCGCCACACGGACGGCGACUGGGACAGUGCCGGGUCGAGAGGUAAGCCGCUGACCCGCCUUCACGUCCACACGCUGGCCUUUCAGGCCAUGAUCGUGACCCGCAGCUCUCAGUGGAAGAACACCAUGUCGGCCAUCGCCAAGGCCUCGCUCACCGCCAACCGUCACGUCUGCGGCUCGAACGACAUCGACCCCAGCAAGGCCAGGCUCAUCAUGGAUGACUCGUUUUCUGUCAGUCACCGUAAGGGGAGCCAGAGGAUCCCUCUGCAGGAAACCAGACCUGUCAGCUGCUGGGACGAGGACGACUACCAGAUCUGUGUGGCACCAGUGCUGGUGUGCACCGAGGUUUAUCAGACUGCUGGUGGAGGGGACAACAUCUCAGCUGCUGGCCUGGUGCUGCAGAUUUAAAAUGGACACCAACUCUUUGGCAAACAUCGUGACUCUGGAAAUUUGAUCUGAUCUCAGAUACUGACACGGCUAUCACCUCUGCAGCUCACGGCCCAAAGACUGACAAGAAAUUAAUUUCUGUUACCUUGAGAGUCAGAUCAUGGAUGGCAGAAUUGAGCCAAGCCAAAUAAUUAUGAAUAUUGACUCAGUUUUAUUUUUUGAAUGGGUUGCAGUGGUAAAGUAGGAAAGCAAAAACUGCAGUACUCCAGUCAGAAAUCAUGAAGUUUGUUCUCAGAACUUAGGUGUUUAUUAGGUACUUGUUUUACAGUGUACUUGGCAUUUACUCUCUUCCAAUUUGCAUAAAUCAUUUGCUUCCACUUUAACUUUUAGAACCAAAAAUCCAUCAUCUGACUCUCAAUCUUCUGAGGCCUUACAUAAUAAACCUUGGGUCUGGAUAAAAUAAGAAAGGAUGGAGUUUGGAUAAAAACUGAUGUUUUGGGUCAAAUUUGGUACAAUAUGAUAAAUUGUAUUUAAAAUAUUUUAACCGGUGUUGCAGCUAUGCAGUAAAACUUUCUAAAAGAUUGAAAAAAAAUUAAAUCUUAUGAAUUCUGAGCAAAUUAAUUUUUAAUUUAGAUGAGCCAAGCUUUAGGUGGGGACAAACCUUCCUUUUUCUUCUGCUCUGACUCUUUAAGACAAAGAUUCAUGGUAGAAGGCUUCUGUUCUUCCCGGCAGAUGUGAAAAGUGUGCAUGGUGGUUUAUUUGUGUUUGGAUCGUCACAUCUUUGUGGUUUUGGUUUCAGUGCAGCAUUGUGUGAAAACCAUGCAGAAAGACCACUGUUGGCUCUUUAUGAUGUCAACAUUUUCCACUCCGUUUGUUUCUCCUUUAAUUUUCCUGUUUUGUUUUUUCCAUAACUUUCUGACAGCUUGUGAUUCUAAAAGGACCAAAACAAGUAAAACUGUCCUGGACAAGACUGAAUUCAGGGAAACGUUACUAAAACGUUUAUCUCAGAUUGUAUUGCUGGACUGAGUGGAACAAAGUCUCCUCUUCAGUUAUCUGUACUUGAAGCCACAGUGAUUAUGUGCUUUUAUCCCAGCUGUUAGUGCAUCAUUCAUAUAUUAUAUUUUCUGUUUAAUCUUUGCCUCGCUUGGAUUAGAAGUUGAAAUGAGAUUUGUGGGUGUUAGAGAAGACAUUUUACUACCAUAAAUUGUUGAAUUUGUUUUAUUUAUUGAUGCAACUGAACUUAAAUUGGAACUUUCAUUUAUUCCUCACAACAUACACAAAUAUACAUUCCUUCUGUCAAUGUUUUACCAAAUUUAUCUUUAUUUAUCUUGUGUAAACGCUUCAUUCUGAGCACAUUGAUUUUGUUACAAUAUUUUAGGUCAAGAAAGGAGAAUAUAAACGUGUGGAAAUCCCUUUAAAUUAAUUUUCUUGCGUACAAAAAUUGUGUUAUUUAGAUGUCGAUUGGUGCAGCUGGGGUUUAAUGAGCCGCCUUCUGAUUUUACUGUUGGCUAUUUGAGAAGAUAUGAAAAUAUUCAGGUUUCUGAUUUUCUUUCUAUGUGAAUUUGUUUUAAAAUGUGAUUAUUUACCAGCUGGAUGAAGUUUGGUUGUGGAUUAAAAUCAAACUGUAGCAUGAACUUGUAUUCAUUAAAGGGGACUGCUUGUGUUGUCACCAUUAUCAGACUUAUCUAAGCUUUAGAUAAGUUUAAACAUCUAUGUUGAAUAAUUUAUCUGUUAAAUCUGCACAAAUCAUUUGAGAUUAAAAAAAUCUAUGCUGAUUAACA